AUGAACUACAAUCUAUCACGCUCAGCCUCACGGCACUCAAAACCCCUCCUCCACCUUCUUAAAACCCAAACCCCAAAACCCAAAUCCCCAGUCUUCAUCCUCACCCACCACCUCUGCACCAACCUCAGCCCCAAUCCGAACCAACCACCCCAAGACGACGACACCUUGAUAACCCAAGUGCUCCAACUCCUCCAACCCAAUGAGAAAGACUGGAACUUCGACCAACUCCACACCCUCCUCUUCUCCAACUCAACCUCUCCUUCAUCUCACUCCGUCUUCCACAUCACUCGCCGCCUCGGCGCUCCGUCCAAAGCCAUCAAAUUCUUCGACUACAUUUCCGAAAAUGUGGGAACAACAACCCCUCCAGGCUCCAAUGGUUUGCUCUCCUCCGCAUUCCAGGCCGUUCUGGAGCUCACAUUGCGAGAACCCACAUCGGAAAAGAAGCUCAUUAAGCUUUACAAGAUGGCGAAGAAGCGGAAUGUGGCGCUUGAUGUAAACACCGCAGCUCUGCUUGUUCGGUCCCUGGGGACGGCUGGCAUGGAGGACGAGGCUGUCAUGGUGUUUAAUGAACUCGAUUCGGGGUUGAAGAACACUCAUAUUCACAAUGUGGUGAUUAGGGUGUUGCUGAACAUGGGGCGAGUUGAUGAUGCACUGAAGGUGCUCGACGAAAUGCUUGACCCAGAAGCAAAGUUCCGGGUUGACGACUUUACCGGGGAUAUUGUGAUUGGCUCAUUGUUGAGGAAAGAGCAGAAAGGGAGGAGAGUCAGUGUGGAGGAAAUUGUGGAGUUGGUGUCGAAAUUUGGUAAGCAUGGUGUGUUUCCUAAUAGCCCGAUACUUACGAAAUUGGUGACUGUUUUGUGUAGGAAUGGGAAGGUUAGUGGCGCUUGGGAUGUGUUGCAUGAUGUUAUGGAUAUGGGUGGUGCUGUAGAAGCUGCUUCUUGCAAUGCGCUUUUGACAGCUUUGGGAAGAGGUAAUGAUUUUAAGAGGAUGAGUGAGCUUAUGGUGAAGAUGGAAGAGGUGGGCAUUAAGCCGAAUCUUAUUACUUUUGGUAUUCUUAUCAAUCGUUUAUGUAAGUCUGGGAGACUAGAUGCUGCCUUGGAGGUGUUUGAGAAGAUGAGUGGAGGAGUAAAGGGGGUUUCAGCUAAACCAGAUGUGAUUAUCUAUAACACUUUGAUUGAUGGACUUUGCAAAGCAGGAAGGCCAGAAGAGGGAUUGUGUUUGAUGGGAAAGAUGAGAUCGCAAGAUGGCUGUGUUCCCAAUACUGUUACGUACAAUUGUUUGAUUGAUGGUUUCAACAAAGUUGGGGACAUUGAGAGGGGUCGUGAGCUCUUUGACAAAAUGAAGGAGGAAGGGAUACCGCUAAAUGUGGUCACCCUCAAUACUUUGCUUGAUGGUUUGUGCAGGCAUGGGAGACUCAACACUGCACUUGAGUUCUUCAAGGAGAUGCAGAGGGAUGGUCUGAAAGGCAAUGCCGUUACUUACACUAUCUUAAUCACUUCCUUUUGUAAUGUGAACAAUAUUAGCAAGGCAAUGGAGUUGUUUGAUCAGAUGUUGAGCGCUGAAUGUCCCACAGAUGCAAAAGUUUAUCACUGCUUGAUCUCUGGUUUAAGCCUAGCCGGAAGGAUGGAGGAUGCCAGCUUUGUUGUCUCAAAGUUGAAGGAAGCUGGGUUCUCCAUGGAUAAUGUUUCCUACAAUGUAAUGAUUAAUGGGUUCUCCAGUAAAAAUAAGCCUGAUAAGAUUCAUGAGAUGAUUGAGGAAAUGGAAGCGUCUGGAGUGAAGCCUGAUAGUGUGACAUACAACACCUUGCUUGCCUACUUAAGCAAAGCUGGGGACUUCAAAAGUGCACAUAAAGUACUUGACAGGAUGAGGGAUGAGGGUAUUGUUCCCACUGUGGUCACUUUUGGUACAUUGAUUCAUGCACAUUGCUUGGAUGGUGAUAUUGACAAAGCCAUGAGAAUCUUCAGAGACAUGGGUUCUAAGUCAAAGAUACCUCCGAAUACAGUAAUAUACAAUGAUUUAAUAAAUUCUCUCUGUAAGAAGAAUGAUGUGGAACAAGCUCUUUAUUUGAUGGAUGAUAUGAAGGAUAAGGGGGUGAGACCUAAUACCCAAACGUUCAAUGCCUUGUUCAAAGGCCUUAGAGAGAACAAUUUAUUAGAGAAGGCAUUUCAAUUUAUGGAUCGAAUGGUUGAACAGGCCUGUAAUCCUGAUUAUAUAACAAUGGAAAUUCUUACCGAAUGGCUUUCUUGUGUUGGUGAAAUACGGAGGUUGAGAAAGUUUGUUCAAGGAUAUCCGGUCUCAAAGACAGAAGGCAAAGCGGCUGGUUUCAAAGACAGAGGGCAAAGCGGCUGGUUUCAAAGCGACAGAAGCCAAGCCGCUGGUUUCAAAGCAACAGAAGGGAAACCCGCUGGUUUCAAAGCGACAGAGGGCAAAGCCGCUGGUUUCAAAGUGACAGAGGGCAAAGCUGCUGGUUUUAAAGCAACAGAAGGGAAACCCGCUGGUUUCAAAGCGACAGAAGGCAACGCUAACAUUAUUUAA